AUGCCUUGCUUCAAGGGGCUGGCAGUCAGCAUCCAUACCCCGGACGGUCCUAUACCGGAAUUUUCCGUACAACGUCAAUCUCGCCAGUCCCGGAUCGCCUGCUACAUCCCCGUCCCAGCACCCAAAAUCACCGAGUCCGGAAAAGCUCAAGCAUCUACUUUUGCCGUCUCGAUUACGCUUCUGAAUGCCGGACAGAGUGUUCCGUAUUCGACGCCCAAGCCAACGCCCGAGAACCCGAACCCUAAGCCCCAGCUCGUUGGCGUGAGUGAGAUCGAUGAGAAAGGACAAACACACUGGAUAAAUCCUUACCUCCCAUUGACGGGAUCUGUGAACGAGACAGUUGCUGCUUACAUCUAUUUUGACGGACGACAGAAGGAGGAGGUAGCUACAUUAUUGCGUCGCGGUGAAGAGACAUGGGUCAAUUCCCGAUGGGUCAGCGUUCCCGACUCAGAAGGUGGAGGACUCGCUGAACGGGAGUUCCUGUUCCGAGAGGUCGGUCUUGAGAGAUGGUUGAAUGGAUUGGACCUAGAAGGCAAAGAUGCCGCAGCCAAGAUUGAACGACGCAGACAAAAGAUGGAGAAGCGGAGGUUGCUAAAAGCUCAAGAAAGUGGCGACAUGGACAUGGACGCUGAGUCUUCAGCCAAACGGGAUAAGGGGAUUAUGCGAUAUGGCGCUGAUGCCAAAGCUCCUCUUGAGAAUCUUUCGGACGAGGAAUUCUCGUCCGAUUCUGACGAUGAUCCAAUUCCCGAAUCAGCUGGUCAGAUCAAAGUUGCCUUGUUCCGAGUGUUGGCAUCUGGAGAAAUUAGACGAGGAGAGUACUCACCGCAAUUUGAUGCACACGAUGAUGAUGAGGAAGGUGGACAGGGUGGUGACGGUACUGCGGAUGUUGAUCACACAACUAGCUUUGCGAAGCCCAAGAGUCUCGAUCCGACGACCAUCAGUACGCAGACUGUUACCGGCAUUGAUCCUACCGACAAGCCGUAUGCUGUGUUUACAUUUAUGUAUCGUGGUGAACGUCAACUACAAAAAAUGGGCAUCUUAAAGUCCAAGCCAGCUGAAGAAACCCCUUCAAGGAGGAAGUCGACUGAUUUCUCCAAACUUGCUCCUCUCAAACCGGGUGGUGCCGUUGGAUUUAUGGGCUAUCGCGAAGGCGACAAUGUUAGUUCUCCAAAGGCAGGAAAGAAGUCUAAGAAGAGCAGCGAGAGCGACAUGGACAGCGAUGACGACGUGGACGACAAAGAUCCUGUCAUAGAUAAAGCCGACGACGAUGAGAAUAAUGAUACUACGCAUCUGUCCCCUGAUGACUUGCGUAGACAGGGAGAUUUGGCCGAGGGGGUUAGGAAGAUCAAGUUGAAACGCCAGCAUUCAAUGGACCCCAUGGGAGACAGCACCUCCAAUGCCAACACACCUGCGUCAGCAGCCACGCCUCCAGCAGCUGCGACUGAAUCAUCCACACCACCACAUGCAUCUGCGUCAGCACCAGCUCCUGCUGAUGCCAAUGUUAACGACCUUCCAAACAAUCUUCCAGACAACCUUAACAGUGCCGAAUACGUAGGCAGCCCCUUGAAAAAGGCACGCGCUAGUGUCUCUACAGCCGAUGAAGAUGGCCUACGAAAGCGCCUCGGAUCGAAUCUCGCCAACAAUAUCAGUGAAUUACUUGGCGGUGAGAAGACAGAAACUCCCACUGCUUCUGGUACUACAUUUGGAGGAACCGGAAGCCAUUUUGGUGGCAACAUCAACACCAAAGUAUCACCAGCACAGCCUACCAAUGCGCAACAAGCGCCUCAAGAUGAUGACGAAGAACUCUAA